GAACUUUAAAUAAAGUGAAGCCCGAAAGAUAAAAAAUAAUUCGAGUUAAUCUGAAAGUCAAGCAAGCCGUGUAGAAUGAUUUGGAGUUUGUUUAUGGUGAAUAUUUAAAAUCAGUUUGAGUUAGCUGAGAUUAAUCAACGGAGAUUGCUAACUCCUCAGGUUUGAGUUAUUGAGGUUUCCGCUGUGUUUUGAUAACAUUCCUCCCUAUCCUCUCUUACUCUCCCAAUCCCGCAUACAGUAUUCAGCAUUCCACUCUUUCAACAAAAAAAACACAGGGCCACCAGACGCUGAGUAGUGUUUUUUUUCCUGCGCGCAAAGUAAUUUGAACCACUUAUCAUUGCCGGGUUACUAAAUGGGAAGUGGCAAUAAUCAUGUUAUCUGCUAAGUACUCGCUUGUGAAAACAAACAUCGGUCUUGUUCGUGUCCUGUUUCUGUACCACACUAUCAUCCGCCGAGCUUCAUCUCAUCACAUUACUUCAGAGCAUCCUGCUGUGUUGAAAUAUAAAGUUACUUGUUAUUCGCCGUGCUACUUGCUGCUUCGGUUUCUUAUUUCGAAUUAGAAGAUUGGGGAAGAUCUGUGAGUGUGCUUUUCGGCUUGUUCCCGGAUUUCUCCGUAAUAUGUGUGAUGAUUUUCCCCCCGAGCGGACGCUUAGGGCACCGCGCCUCGUGUAAAGUGAGCGUGAGACUGGUAGUGUUCGCAGUGGCAGCGUGCGCGCUAUGCAUCACGGUCUACGAGUGGAACACAUUCAAGCAAGUGACGGCAGAGUCAAAACGUUGGACUACAGUUUCUAUGCCAUCUCUGACAACGAGAACAAGCGAUCCAUCUAACCCAAAACGAGAGCUCCGCGCCGUCCAAAUAUUGCGUCGAAAAAUAGCCUCGAAAUUCAACAAAACUUCUGUAGAAAUAAAACGAAAAAUUUUGAGAGAAAGACUCUGUGGAACAGAAUGGCAGGAAGAGUACGCACAGCUUCACAAAGACAUACUAGAAGGACGCAAACCACCGCGAUUUCUUGUGUUUUAUUGCGGAGGUGUGGACCAUGGAUGUGGUGGAUACGGAAAUCGCAUCGGAGGAAUCACGUCGUUGCUCUACCUUGCUGUUCUUACAGAAAGAGCUUUUAUCAUUCACUGGCACUCUAGUGUAUCAUUGGAGAAUUACUUUCUGCCAAGGAGUAUCAGGUGGAAUUUAAGUAUUGAAAAGUUACGGGACUUUAAGAAAAGAGCGCAUUUCUGGGGAAGGGGAAAUCAUGUUGAUGUGAACGGUGAAAGUCAAGAGGAUCCUGGGUUAAAUGCGAAGGAUUUCCAGCGUUGGAUUCAAGAUACGGAUUUGAACGCCUAUUUGAGUUACCCCGUAGAAAUGGUCACAUCUCAGUGGUACUUUGCGCAGUCCGUGCGAAUGAAUAGAUUUCUCAAAAGGAGGAAUAAAGCGCAAUUUGGGAUAAAAGAAAGGGGACACCGGUAUUCUCUGGUUGGAUGCGCUUCUGAUUAUUUAUUCUCUAGGACUUCUUACAUCAAGCAACUACUCACAAGGACGAAAACCUCUUUAGGUUUCGACAAAAAGCCAACCAUUGGGAUCCACUUUCGGACAGGAGAUUAUGCUCUACUUGGAAGAAAAGCAAAGCCAAAAUCCUUACGGGUUGCAGAGAAAUUUCUAGAAUGCGCUAAAAAGCUAGAGAAGGUGUUUUUAAAAUCUACUCUUGGUCUUAAAUCCGCGGAUGUCAACUGGUUUCUGGCCACAGAUAGUUACGACAUCAAAGCGUUUGUCUCUAAGCGGUACCCCAAGGUGGUGUAUCAAGAAGUGAAGUUAGAACACAUUUCCAAAACGGAGCCAUCCGCCAAUGGACUUGAGGGAGUUAUUCUGGACCACCUGCUGCUGUCAGAAAGUGAUGCCAUAAUAUUGUCAAAUAGCAGCUUUAGUCAAUCGGCUUUAGGGUUAGGGUUUCACUCGUUAAGAGUCAGUACAUUUGGGACGAAUUGUCAGUAUUAGUCCCCUAGUAUUAGUUCUCCUACUUUUUUCAAAAUAGAACCUCGCUAACUCGAAUUUUUAAGAAAAAUAAAAACCAUGUCGAGUCAGCGUGGUUCAGCUUAUCGAUUAAGAAAAUAUAUGUUUUAGCUGCUCAAA